CUCCCCCUCUCCGCCGGGCUCCUGCUCCUGAAAGGCAGCUCAACUAAAAAGUGUGCUGCGAGACAGUGAGAGCCUCGGCAGGGCUGCACGGCAAAAACACAGAGGGAGAGAGAGGGGGAGAGGGUUGAGAGAGAGAAGGAGAGAGAGAGAGAGAGCUGGAAAAGAGCACAAAGAGGAGGAAAGUGGAGCAAGGGAGGGGAUUUGAAAGCCUGGGUGAAGGGGAAGAGAGGGAGAGGGAAAGACAAAAGAAAGAGAGGGAGACGUAGUAGGAGCAGGGGGAAGCGAGGGGACAGAGCAAAUGGCUACGGAGGAGACGGCAGGGGGAGCGCGCAAAGCCACCAAGAGCAAACUGUUCGAGUUCCUGGUCCAUGGUGUGCGUCCUGGAAUGCCGUCUGGAGCGAGGAUGCCCCACCAGGGUGCUCCCAUGGGCCCCCCCGGACCUCCGUUUGGUGGGAGCCCCACGGUGCGGCCCGGCCUGCCCGCCCCGGUCAUGGAGCCCAGCCGUAAGAGACCUGCCCCCUCCCAGCAGGUCCAGCAACAGCAGAACGUCCAGAACCGGGCCAGAAAGAAGCCAGUGGGAUUCCCUGGAGCCAAUGAGAUGCCAGCGAGGCAGAUGGACAUGAGAGAUGCCCAAUCAGAUCCAACGCUCGGAUCAAACGCCAAGAGAAGGAAAAUGGCCGACAAGAUUCUUCCACAGAGGAUCCGGGAGCUGGUCCCGGAGUCCCAGGCUUACAUGGACCUGCUGGCCUUUGAACGUAAACUGGACCAGACCAUUAUGCGUAAACGGGUGGACAUCCAGGAAGCCCUGAAGAGACCCAUGAAGCAAAAGCGUAAACUGAGGCUGUACAUCUCCAACACCUUCAACCCUGCCAAGCCUGACGCUGACGACUCGGACGGCAGUAUUGCAUCAUGGGAGCUGCGGGUUGAGGGGAAGCUGCUGGAUGAUCCUGGGAAGCUGAAGAGGAAAUUCUCCUCAUUCUUCAAGAGCCUGGUGAUCGAGCUAGACAAAGACCUGUAUGGUCCUGACAACCACCUGGUAGAGCUGCUGACCAGUAAAGCGAAGCGAUUCAGCCUUCCAAAAGACAACAAACACAAAGGGUCGAGAGCAAGGCUGCUCGUUGAAAGUUGGCACCGCACUCCCACCACCCAGGAGACUGACGGCUUCCAGGUGAAGAGGCCAGGGGAUGUGAGCGUGCGCUGCACACUGCUGCUAAUGCUAGACUACCAGCCCCCCCAGUUUAAGCUGGACCCUCGUCUUGCUCGCCUGCUGGGUAUCCACACCCAGACCCGCUCCUGUAUCAUCCAGGCCCUGUGGCAGUAUGUCAAGACCAACAAGCUGCAGGACUCCCACGAUAAGGAGUACAUAAACUGUGACAAGUACUUUCAGCAGAUCUUUGACUGCCCGCGGCUCAAGUUCUCGGAGAUCCCCCAGCGUCUCACCAACCUACUCCUGCCCCCUGACCCCAUCGUCAUCAACCACGUCAUCAGUGUGGACCCUAACGACCAGAAGAAGACAGCGUGCUAUGACAUCGACGUGGAGGUGGAGGACCCCCUGAAGAGCCAGAUGAGCAGCUUCCUGCUCUCCACUGCCAACCAGCAGGAGAUCGCCUCACUGGACAACAAGGUGGGACAACCACACAGGAAGGAUAGCCAAUCACAAUUACCCAAGAUGACUUUUAAGAUCCAUGAGACCAUUGAGUCCAUCAACCAGUUAAAGAUCCAGAGGGACUUUAUGCUCAGCUUCUCCAGGGAUCCUAAGGGCUACAUCCAGGACUGGCUCAAGUCCCAGAGCAGAGACCUGAAGCUGAUGACGGAUGUGGUGGGGAACCCCGAGGAGGAGAGGAGGGCAGAGUUUUACCACGAGCCCUGGUCCCAGGAGGCUGUCAGCCGCUACUUCUACAGCAAGAUCCAGCAGAGGAGACAGGAGUUGGAGCAGGCCUUGGCCGUGAGGAACACCUAAAUGCCCUGUCUCAGACAUCUCUCUCUCUGCACUCUUUAUCUGACCCCAGACCUGUGUUUCUGUGUGUUGUGUUUGUUUUUUGUCUGUUUUUUAAAUCGCUGUAGUAGUGACCUAUGACCUCUGGCCCAUCCCCCAAUUGCAUGUGUCCAAAAAACGUCCCUCAAUCUGUUCAGCUCUGACGGACCGAACAUCUCUCUCCAUACUCCUGUGAACACAGGCCCUCGGCGGACAUUUUGUUUCUCAAAAGAACCCUAACACAGUGGGUUGCUUUUAAUGUCAACCACUUAGGACCUACUAGCAUGUCACUGUCUUUCCAUAGAGACUAGAAGUCAUUGUACCAGCUGCCUGCAGAAUGAUCACUGUGUUUUAGAUCCUUCUCAUCUCAACCAGAUGGACUUUUCUGCUGAGUCCAGCAGUACUGUACAUAAAGAACGGUCAUAAUGGUCCACUGCGAUUUAUUCAGAUGAGCCCAAAGUGGUUGUUUGUAACCUAAUGUUUCAAGUGUCUUGACUCACACACAGUUUGGAUUGUGCCCAUUGUUUUAGUGUAUCAUUAGCUGUACAGUUCAUGUGAGCAAUAUGCUCCGAGUGUGCAUGAGUGUUUUGAUGUGUGGAACCAAAUUUACACCAGCAGAAUGAAGAUUACAGUAUGAAGUAAUGGGUCGGGACUUGGGCUAAUUUCCCUUCUGAAGCUCAAAUGUUGAGGUCUGUCAUUUAAAAAAUGAACUUGUUCAAGGAAGGCAGCUUUCAUGAAUGAGAUUUCCCCCCUUAUUAACUAAUCAAGAUGCAAUCGAAGAUUAGCUUAUUUUUUCCACCUUUCUACAGUAAUUCCCUUAAACAGUGUAACAGUAAAAGUAGAUCUCUGUAUAAGUGAAUAUAUUCCAUCAGAUUAAAAGGUGAAAGGGAUCAAGAUGAAUAAGACUCAUAUCUGUUGACUGUAGAGGAUAGAUGUUAAGGUGAGGAGGUAAUGGUAGGCGCAAGGCAAAGUAAUGUAGUAACACUUGGCGGCCAUAGCAUGGCGCCUUAGAGUCAGUACAGCCUGCAUGUUUUUACACAGACUAACUCUCUGUAACACAGAGCACCCAGACAGACUUGUCCCCUCACGGCACUUUUUGACCACGGUAAAUGACUGUGCAGAUGGAAUAACGUUUGUGUUGCUAUUUUAGACAGAUAUGUAUUUCAGGGGCUCAUUGUCCUGUCAUAAUAACUGUACAAAAGUCAUGUUUGGGAACGGUAUUAGUUACAGAUCCCUCUCAAUACUCAAAUCAGUGUUUUUAAUGUUAACGAAGGACACAUUUUGGAAUAUGAUGUGAGAGUAACCAACACCAUUUUCUAUGUUAAAGAAUCAUGGGGUGGGCAGUGAAACUGCAGCCUGACAAAUGUUGGCCAGUAACUUUAGUAAUCCUAUUAUUCGAAAUGAAUGGGGAAAUAGGUAUUUGUUCAUUGUAUUUUUAGUUAACAUCUAUUGUGAACUACCUGUCCCAAGUGGAUCUGUCUGACAAUAUUUUGUCCUUGAACAUUUUGACAGAGUCACCAACGGUCUCGAUUAGAAUGGUUAAAAUAGACAAUGAACAACGAUUACUGUGAUUUUGUCUAGGCCCGAUAAAGCUACGUUACCAGUUGAAAUUGUUCAAGGGUGAAUAUGACAACGUUUUUAAAGGAAACAUCUGAAUGUAAAUCAGUUUUUCUUUUCUUCAGGGAGAAGCAACUGUACAGCAUAUGACUGUCUGUUUGUGUCAGUGUGUUUGGUUUAGGGAACGGCGGGACAUAUGGGGUGGGAAGGAUCGGGGUCCAUAUGUUUAAAGCUGUAGGACAGGGACGCUAGUGUCCCUCUGUGUACACUUGGGGGGAGUUUUAAUAGGGUAGAACCACAAAAUGUAAUGCUGGGUGUGAUGAUGCCUCCCUGUCUCCCCACCCACAGGGAUCGCCCAUCUCUUUAACUAACUUCCACAGCAACUCAGUUCUGGGCCCUUCUAGUUUUGUGUGUGUGUCCGAUGGGAUAAGCCUUCUCAGAAAUCAGUUUCUGAUUUGAAGUCAACACUGCUGUCUUCUGUAAGGUUCAGUCACAUCAAAAUUGUGUCCUUGUGACAUCUCUUUUGUGUCAACAUUCUCUUCAACAUGGCUGAGACCUAACUCAGCAUAAACAAAGAGGUUGGAUUUCUUAAAGACCUAUGCAUGCUGCAUGGACAGGUUUUAUACAUUUAAAACAGGACAUGUAAAUACUCUCACUAAUGCAUGGAAGUGGAUCUGGAGAGCAAUGGAUUUUACACAAUUUCCAUUGUGAAGGGGCCUUUUUCAACCAUUUGCUAAAAACCUGUGUGCUAUACCCAGCCAGCAUAGAUGUUAUCUGCAUAAGAGUUUUUGUUACUACAGGUUACAUGUAUUUCAACCGCACUAAGCAAGGAAGCAUAAUCGUUGUUGUAUUCAAUUAUGUGUCAAUCAAUACUUGUGUUUGACCCAGAUUGGUCUUGUAUGGUUGGCAGUCAUGGAGCAUUAUUGACUCUAGGGCUCCCCUUUCUGGGCAUUCUAGAAACUACAACUCAUGGACACCCUCUCAGUCUGACACAAUGGAAACCUUGUGUCAUCUGACUAUAGACUGUAACUAAACUGUGUGCUCCUCUCUCGCUGACAAAAAGCAUUCAUAUUGGUCUACCUGAAUGGAUAGCUGGUAACCGCAGUCUCUGCAUGACUUUGUGAGGAGAGCUCAUGUUCCUCACAGCUCUCUUUCUCUACUACACUGUUUUGACUGUUGGUCACCACCAUGGAGAUAUAGCUCUCACUUGUGCAAAUGUGUUGGGUUACCCCAUUCUACAAAAAAAGGAAGAAAAAAAUGGAAAAAUGACAACUACAGCUGUGACUCUGUGAGACAGCCUGGAUAUAAAUAAAGAAGCGCUUGCCAAAGUUUGUAAAUGCCA